CAGCCAUUCCAUAUUAAUGUUGACGCUCACAACCUCAUUCUCAUGCCAAUGCUCUGUCGGAGCACCUCAGCCCUCUAAACUCUUGAAUCCUUGAGAUUAAAUUAAUCAGUUAUACUCAACCACUUGGUGUAUAUUCAUGGUCUCCCCCGGAUCCACUGGCAGUGCGAAAUUCCAUAGUCACACCCACAAUCACAAUCCAGCUGCUUCGCCUCCUUCAUAUCAAGAGAACGAUCCUUCUCCAGUCGUAUUUUCCCAAACUACGGUGACGACAACUGAAGUAGUCACAACGACUACUCAGACAACUGCCCAUUUCUUUUCAAUACCUGUGUGGAACAAGAGACCAUCUCCAGCAGGUUUGUCUUGAUUAGUUUCGGUUCAAAGCGAGGCUUAGUCUGUCGACGUCAUGUUAGGUUCCCGACAAACCACGUUCAUGGUGGACAAGGCGCUACCUCCUACUCCGAAGAAUGAAGACCCCAAGCCAUCGUUGAACGAGUCACUCUCACAGUCCAAAGAGGCAUUUGCAGAAGGGAGAAGAGAAGUUCAACGACGAUCGGUAUUUCCAUUUCCUGAACCAUCUUUGAGAGGUGUCCCUACAACUCGACCAUCCUCUUCCACUGCGGCUCUAGCACAGGCUGCCCUUGGGCUUGGACUUCCUCAUGUACUUCCUCAUGCUUCAACUUCCUCAUCUGAACUGAACACCAUCGUCUUCUCAUCUUCCUCUGAAGAAUUUCCUGCUGUAGCUGACAGGAUGUCUAAUCGUCGUUCCAACUGGAGAGCCAUGUCUUCCGUAGAACGGCCCCACCAGGCUGUUUCUCCCACAACUAAAAGUCGGAAGGCACGCGGUUUAUCCAUUGGGCCGGCCUCAUUCCUCAAUUUCGGAGGAUCUGAAGUGAAGGAGAAAGGAAAGAUGACGGAAGUGUAUCCUGAUUCAACAGCCUCUCCAAGCAAAACACUCGUUCGAAAAUCCUCUUUUUGGUCCCGUAAGAAACAUUCAUUACCCACCGACCCACCAUUCCCCCCCUCUCAAAUAUCACCUUCACACGGUGAUCUCUUUGUUCCUCUUCCCGCUCUCACCCCUCUCUCCCCGUUUAAUAUAGAUGCUUCGACUCCUUCCGAUCGUCAGUCUCGUCAUUCCCGUGGCUUAUCUAGGAGCCACUCGGAUAGGGUGGGUUCAGGUAUCAUCUCAAAGCCUAUUGAGUCGAAUGCACGGAUUGAGUCGAAUGCACGGACAGAACCAGCACCCAAGAGACGCCGUCCCUCUCAUCGUCCCGCCACUGCGGAUGCGUUGUGUCCACCUAAUUCUGGUAGAUUUUUACUGGAUGGUUCUCAGCCAUCAUCAUCUUCUCCCCUCUCAACACCACCUCCCGCCACUGACGCGAGCUUUGACUUUCAGCUGGAGCAGACAGAGCCCAGACAGAGCCCGCCGGAGUUUUUACGCCCACGCGCUCAAACCAACCCGCCUUUUUUACAUCGCCUUUCCCUAAAUCUGUUUUCAUCGCCACCACCUCUACCUUUACCUCCGUCACCCUCUACAACAAGACCCCCUACACGAUCGUCAACCACAAAAUCGCCUAUAGCAAUACCGAAACCGCGAAGAGACGAAGAAACACCACAAAUUUACCUCAAUCGCCUUCAGGCGGCUGUCAGUAAAUCAGAGAUAGCUAGUAUAUUGGCUUCAACAGCGGACUCAUUCCAUGUCCAAUGCUUGAAGGUUUACAUCGGUCGGUUCGACUUUCGCAAGGAUCCUCUGGACGUGGCACUCCGCAGAUUACUCAUGGACGUUGGUCUUCCCAAAGAGACACAGCAGAUAGAUCGUGUCAUGGAGGCGUUUGCCUCACGAUAUUACGAGAGUCAUCCUGGUCUCUUUUCCUCCGAGGAUCAUCCUUACAUCUUAGCGUUCAGCCUGAUCAUGCUACAUACCGACGCUUUCAACAGAUCCAAUAAGCGGAAGAUGACGAAGGCCGACUACAUCAAGAACACUCGACUUCCCGGGGUCUCGCCUGAGGUUUUAGAUUGUUUUUACGACAAUAUUGUUUUCGCACCUUUCAUCUUUGUCGAAGAUCCAGUGGACGUAAACGGUCAGCGGGGCUUAAUCACAGACAACACAUCACCGAGGCAUUCUAUUUCCAACAAUAACUCGAUAUCUCCGAUAAGCACCAAUGGGAACGGUCCCACAAUCCUAGGCAAAGGAAAUAACAAAGUCGAUCCCUAUUAUCUUAUUUCCAAUAACUUAUUGGGCCCAUUACGCGUCGACGUGGAGGCGCAUAUACCCUUAGAUGAACCCUACUCCUGGGAAGGUACAGGCGGGCCUUGGGACGAAAGGGCAUUGUUAGAAUCUUUUGCACAUGCUAGCAUGAUUGAAGUAGGACCGGAUCCGUCAAGGAUGAAUACUACAUUCUUCAGCUUGAGUGUCGGAGGGGGGCCUCCGAGUCCUCUCGCAGGUACGCUGGGAUCGCACAGCGUUCCCGAACGAACCCAGUCAUUAGAGGCAGCUUCACUUCGAGUGAGCAAAGUGGGCGUCCUGAACCGGAAAGACGACGUAUUAGAAGGCGGGAAGAAAGCCUCCAGCAGGAAAUGGAGACCUUGGACUGUCAUCCUCACCGGCUCUCAGCUCCUUCUAUUUCGGGAUACUUCUUGGGCCAGUUCCUUGUUUUCACAACAGCUAUCGCUUCAAACUUUCAAGCCAGAUGAACUUCUCUCGGUCAGAGAUUGUAUCGCCGUAUAUGACAGGUCGUAUGUCAAGCAUGAGUGUACUUUCCGGUUUGUCAUGCCCGAUGGGCGCCACAUUCUAUGGGGGGCUUUGACGGAAGAAGACAUGAAUCAAUGGAUAUCUCGGAUUAAUUAUGCUAGCGCUUUCAAGUCCACAGGAGUCCGGAUGCGGCCGCUGGGAAUGUCUGGCAGGGACGUCAAACUGACUGGAGUCGCUGCUGCUACGUCGCAUCUGCAUGACCUACAACAUACCCAAGAUGGACACCGGAGAGUGAAGAAUUGGGACAAAGGCAGUUCUCGUGAUCUUAUGGAGAUGCUCGCUGGGGACAGCAAGAGAACCACUCCCCUGGAAUCAUCGCGUAGGGUCACAAUCGCUAGCGGGGUGCUCAUGGAGUCACCCGAGGCACCCGAAAUCGAAGGCGCUGACCAGUUCAUAUCAACAUUUGACCAGGUGAAAGCCGAUUUGGCCGCUGGUCGUUCUGCUUCACCAACUACCCCAGACGAUGACGGUGCAUGGCCAGGUGCUGCGCCUCGGUCCACUCAUGUCUCUCAUGAAUUUGUCUUGAACGACGGCCACCGACUACCGUCACGUUCCAGGAUUGUACUUUCCAAGAUGGAAUCUCUAGAUGCCAAAAUAUCCGCUUCACGGACACAAUAUGACUCGGAUAUGCGGUUCGCCAGAAACAUCGCGACGUUGACCCCUUUUCAACGCAUAACACGUGAACGGUUGGUAGUGGCAGUUCUAGGUGUGGCUAAGCGAGUGUUGCAGACACGUUUGGAUCUGGCGAGGUUCUCGUGUCAUCGAGACGUAUUAUUCCGCGAUUUGGUCGCUGAGGCUCAGGACUGGAGCAGAGGGAAGAAGCUAGCACUUCGAGUUGCCACGGAAACGUUGCGGAGUCAACAACAACAGCUUAGUGCUACUCCCCAUGAGACUGAUGACCCUUCAUCGGUAUCUUCUUCGCCCUAUUCUCCUUCACCCUUUCCUGGACCGGAAUCUAACGCUGGUUCUGUGCAAUCAUUCCAUUCUGCGCUGGACUUUGAACCAGAAUGGACAACUUCGGAGGAUUUGGAGGCAAAUGACCUUUUGGGUGCCGGCGACUCGAAUCAGAACAGCCUUAGCGACAGCUCAUGGCAUAAAGAUGAAACGCCACAGGAAAUGAAAGAUGUGCUACAGGAACGGACGAGCGAAGAUGCAGGGAGACAUGAAAAAUUUUACACUGCACAAGAGGAAGAAGCAGAGGAAUGGAAUAAGACACGGUGUGCGCAGCGUGUUUCGCUUGUACGAAUGCCAUCCAUACUGGAAUAUGGCAAACUUCGGACGAAUAAUGGUAAUGAAAGUCAGAUUAAUGAGUAAACACAUAGUAUGUACUUCAUGAUCAAAUUUUCCCCUCGAA